AUGCCUGUGGUCGACCCCCAUCACCAACGAAAUCAAGCUGCGAGUCUACCUAUCCGCAAUUCGCCUAGGGUAUGCCACAAUGAAGAUCUUUACGCAGAAAUUGAUGUGGUAUACUGGCGGAUGACAAGUGGAGAACAUCAACAUCUUGCACCGCCAUCGAAAGUGGCUAAAGUAAAUCGUCUGCGCUUCUUUGGUCAUUUAUUAGGGAGACCGGCGGAUCGCCUUGUUCAACGAGUUCUGAGGAGCUGGGUUCAAGCUGGAAGAAGCCACCUGGCCGAAAACGGAAGUUCUGGACUGACGUGGAUAUGGAAUAGAGACGAAUGGAUUGAUUCUGUGCAAGCUCUCGCAGAAGAUCGAGAAGGUUGGGCAGAGCUGUGUUCAAGGACGGCACACCUCGGCGAAGAUGCAGGAGCUUCAUUAUUUGGUGUAGGUGGAACAAGCGCCGGCGACACGAUCUCUUUGAUUCUUGUUGUCCUUUUGUUCAUCGCCUGCAAUGCGGCAGCUCUGCUUUUGAAUACUUUCGAAGCCAAAAUUGUAGAAGCGAUAGGACCUUACAUAAACUAUAUCGUCGACCUAUCCAAUCUACUCGUCGUUUUUAAUUCGAGUUUCAAUUUCAUCAUCUACAUAACAUUUUCGCGAAGCUUCAAAGAAACCCUGCGGAAAUACCUUUACGACCAUGACCAAAAGGAAGAUCAGAGACUCUUGGGCGACUUCUUACAACUACUCAACCGGAAGUGCUCAUAUAAGUAUUCAGCAUUAAACAGUUGCGCUAAACAAGCCAUAAAGGAGUGUAUACAAUGGGAAAUCAGAAAACGAAGAUACCAAGUGGAUAUGCCCCAAGGGACGCAAACACGCCUCGACGAAGCUACGAUUCCGUGGGACGCAGAGACACAGACGACCAUUCUGGAUGCUCUCCUGGCUAUAGAGGUGCAAAGAACUAUACAUUUACAAGGAAAUGUGCAGAGUACAAAGUGA